CCCCUCACUCGUCUUCUCUCUCGUCUCUCCCCAUUUCCUUCCUGCACCGCAGCCUUCCCCAUUUCCCACUCCUCUCCCAAUCGCCUCCUAGCUACAAAUUCCCACCAGUGUCCGGCGGAUCUCCGGAGUGCGCACCCGAAGGACGGCUGAGGCCACGGACGGCGUCGCGGGGUAGCAGCGGGGCGGUGCCGGGCUGGGCCAUGGAUAGCCGCGGGGUGGCGCGGAGGCAGGCGACGGCGGGGUAGUGGGCCAUCAGCGUCAUCGCUCCCGCGGAGCUCCCCGGAGAUCCCAAGCCGCCGCCGGCAACCAGCAGCUCUCGCGCGAGGCGGCUCUGUCUCCACCCCUCUCGUCUUUCCGCUAGGGUUUUACCCCGAUCCCUAUCACUAUAGAGGUCACAGAUGGCUUCAUCACAGCAUGUUGAAGUGGAGGCUGCGAAGUUACUUCAUAAACUUAUUCAGGAGUCAAAGGACGAACCUGCUAAAUUAGCAACAAAACUUUAUGUGAUAUGUCAGCAUAUGAAAUUAAGUGGAAAGGAGCAGUCUCUGCCAUAUCAGGUCAUAUCUAGGGCCAUGGAGACUGUUGUAAGCCAACAUGGUAUUGAUAUGGAUGCGUUGCGAUCAUCACGGAUUCCAUUUGCUGGCGGUUCACAAGCAGUAGAUUCUGGUAGUGUUAUGUCAAAGGACAAGGAGAUCAUUGGUAGUCAGGCUCUCAUGGUUGGAAGUGAUGCAUCCCAGAAUAGCGGGCAAGCUGCAUUGAGGCAUCCAUCAGGUUCAGCAGACAUGGCAAGACAUGGGGUACAUAUUCCUGGAAGGAAUCCAGUAGGACAAAACAGGGGUGAUGUCGCAGGAGCUGAUAUUCAUCAAGGCUCCAUGUCGCAGAAGAGUGGUAGGUCCUCUGGAAUCGAAAGCCCUGCAAGUCUGCAAAUGGAAGACACUAGAUCUAUGAAUUCACAUGAUUCUUUGAAGUCCGAUGAAAAAACAAGCAAGAAAUCAUCUUCCAAGAGGAAAAAGAUGGAUCCAAAGGCACCAGGAGAUUUGCAAGCUGAAGACAACUCAAAGUCAGAUGCUAUCUCUACUGGACAAAAUGCUAGAAAAAAGAGACAGGUUGGCAAAGCUGGUUCACAAGGUCAGCCUUCCAGAGGAGUUGAGCCUGAGCAAUCACAUACACUCCAAGGUGCAAGUGGUCAGGUGCCGCCCUUACCGGGUGGCACAUCUUUUUUCAGGGCCCAGCAGGAAGGUCCACCAGCUUCGGCUGGUAGGACUGUCGACGGUACUAAACAAUCAAACCCAUUCACAAUGUCACAAGUUUCAAAUUUUGCUGAAGGGGUGGCUUCUGGUAGUAUCCCAGUUGAGUUGCAGAAAAGUAUACUGGGAGGAGCGAAUUUGUUUAAUACUGGUUAUGGCUGGAAUCAAAAUCCACAAGGUCCAGUUAUGAAAAAUACUCAAGGGUCUGUUCCCAGUUUAAUGCGGUCAGGAGUUAAUGUCGAAGGGAAAAUGAAUGUAGGGUCACAAGGAGCAGCUCUUAAGCCUACUCCGGCAUCACAAAUGGAUUUCCCCACAAUCCCUGCCUACAUGUCUUCUUCCUUUGGAGGUGGCUCACAAUUUCUGGACAAGGGCAAGGACUUGGCUUCUGGCAAUGCUGGCACUGAACUUCAUUCUGCUGCUAAAGUUGGAGCGCACUUGGGGGUUACGCAUGGCAUUCCAAUGCAAGAAAGGCAAAGUAUUAGCAGAGCACCACAGAGGACCGAGUCAUCUUUCCAAGCUCCAAACACGCCAUUCAAAGAACAACAGUUAAAGCAGCUCAGAGCACAGUGCUUAGUAUUUCUUGCAUUCAGAAACAAUAUGCAGCCCAGAAAGGUGCAUCUCGAAAUUGCCUUAGGAGGAGGACCCCCUACUGAAGGUGGUGGUACAGGUCAGAGAGGUAAUGAGAGCAGAGUGCCUGAUGGUUCUACAAGGGAAAACUGUAGCAGCCAGGAAAACUCUGCAAUCUUUGGUAGGCAAAGUGAUAUGUCUAGACUUCCAUCCACAUCUACAGGCAGUGUUGCAGAUGUUGAUUCCUCGUUGAAAGAUCCAGAAAUUGUUAAAAAGAAGACCAUGAUAGCUGAGCAUGAGAAAUUGUCGAUGGAAGUAGAAAAUAUCCAGCAAGCUGUUGUUUUACAGGGAACUGGUUCUGGUUCCCAAGAAAUAGUAGCUCCCGUGCCAUCUGGUCCACAGCAGUCAUACUUUCUGGGAGAUACAAGAAGGAUUGUCCCUGAGACCUACAGGACUGAUGCUGAAAAUUUGGAUAGAAAUUUAAGUUGGGGAGGCCAGGGACCAUCUUCUUUGGGUGGUAAUAGACAGCAUCCAAACUUGGAAGCUGGCCUUUUGGCCAAAGAUCGAUCACAGGAUGAAGCGUCUAAAGAAUCACUUCCACCUCCGAGGCUUCAUCGUAUCCCUGUUGAUGGUCAGAACUAUAAUUUACCAGGAAAGGAACAAACUCCAGAGACAGCUGGAACUGAGGUUGAAAAUUGCAGCUACAUGGGAGAGAUGUCAGAUCGAUCUGCCGAUGAAGGAGAUGGUGAUCUCUCCGAGCAUGAUGAUUUCACAUCAUCUCCUCCAAAAUACACAAUGACUGAAAAAUGGAUCUUGGAUUAUCAAAAGAGAAAACAUGAAGAAAAUGGAAAGAAGGUGUUAGAGCAGCAGAAGGCACAUAAAAGGAUGUCAGAAUCCUAUCAGAAGCUAAAGGAAAAUGUUAGUUCAUCUGAAGAUCUUUCUGCAAAGACGAAGACUGUAAUUGAAUUGAAAAAGCUUCAGCUUCUCCCACUUCAACGCCGUGUGCGCAGUGACUUCAUGUCAGAAUUUUUUAAGCCUAGUACAGCUGAUUUGGAGCGUGUAAAAGCAGUAAAGAAACAUCGGCAUGGACGCCGUGUGAAACAGCUAGAAAAGAUUGAACAGAAAAUGAAGGAGGAAAGGCAAAAGAGAAUUCGCGAGAGACAAAAAGAGUUCUUUGCUGAUAUAGAGGCCCACAGAGAGAAAUUAGAAGAUAUCUUCAAGGCUAAAAGAGAACGCCUGAAGGGAUUUAAUAGAUAUAUAAAAGAAUUCCACAAGAGGAAAGAGCGAAUUCAUAGGGAGAAACUGGAUAGAAUCCAACGGGAGAAGAUCAACCUCCUUAAGAACAAUGACGUUGAAGGGUAUCUUAGGAUGGUCCAGGAUGCAAAAUCUGACCGUGUUAAGCAACUGCUGCGAGAAACUGAGAAAUAUCUUCAGAAACUUGGGGCCAAAUUACGAGGUGACAGUUCCAUGGAUGGCCGUGCAUCUUAUCUUUCUGAUAAGAGCGUCAGUGCAAAUGAUGUUGAAGAUGAGAGCUACCAGCCUCAGAAUUAUCUAGAGAGCAACGAAAAGUACUAUCAAUUGGCCCACAGUGUAAAGGAGGUUGUUAACGACCAGCCUUCUUAUCUUCAGGGCGGGACAUUGAGGGAGUACCAGAUGAAUGGUUUACGAUGGCUGGUUUCACUGUACAAUAAUAAUUUGAAUGGAAUAUUAGCUGAUGAGAUGGGUCUCGGUAAAACAGUACAAGUAAUAUCUUUGUUAUGCUACCUUAUGGAAACAAAAAAUGACCGGGGACCAUUUCUUGUGGUUGUACCAUCGUCUGUUCUUUCUGGAUGGGUAUCUGAACUCAACUUCUGGGCACCUAGUAUAAAUAAAAUUGCUUAUUUUGGUCCUCCAGAAGAAAGGCGCAGACUGUUCAAAGAGAUGAUUGUUCAACAGAAGUUCAAUGUUCUUUUGACAACAUAUGAGUACUUGAUGAACAAACAUGAUAGGCCAAAACUAAGCAAAAUACAGUGGCACUAUAUAAUAAUUGAUGAAGGACACCGUAUAAAGAAUGCGUCUUGUAAGCUCAAUGCUGAUCUGAAGCUUUAUCGGAGUUCUCAUCGGAUAUUGUUGACAGGAACACCUCUGCAGAAUAACCUUGAGGAACUUUGGGCACUUUUGAACUUUCUGUUGCCCAAUAUAUUUAACUCAUCAGAAGACUUCUCUCAGUGGUUUAACAAACCAUUUGAAAGUAAUGGUGAUAACUCAGCCGAUGAGGCCUUGCUCUCAGAGGAGGAAAACUUACUGAUCAUAAAUCGCCUUCACCAAGUUCUUCGGCCCUUUGUACUCCGAAGACUUAAGCAUAAGGUUGAAAGUGAAUUACCUGGGAAGAUCGAAAGACUUGUAAGAUGUGAGGCAUCAGCUUAUCAGAAACUUCUCAUGACAAGGGUGGAGAAAAACCUUGGUGGAAUUGGAGCAGUUAAGGUCCGCUCAGUGCACAACACUGUCAUGGAAUUGAGAAAUAUAUGCAACCAUCCAUACCUUAGCCAGCUUCAUGUUGAGGAGAUUGAGGGUCAUCUACCUAGGCACUAUCUGCCAUCUAUUGUGAGGCUCUGUGGAAAACUAGAGAUGUUGGACAGAUUGCUACCCAAACUUAAAGCCACUGGCCAUAGGGUUCUGCUCUUUUCUACAAUGACUAGAUUGCUUGAUGUAAUGGAGGAUUAUCUAGUAUGGAAAAAGUAUAAGUACCUUCGAUUGGAUGGGCACACUUCUGGGCAUGAGAGAGGGGCCCUUAUUGAUAACUUUAAUGAUCCUGAUUCUCCCGCUUUCAUUUUCCUGCUCAGUAUCCGAGCAGGGGGUGUUGGUGUCAAUCUCCAAGCAGCUGAUACCGUCAUUAUUUUUGAUACUGAUUGGAAUCCUCAGGUUGACCUCCAAGCACAGGCUAGAGCCCACAGAAUUGGUCAAAAGAAGGAGGUUCUUGUUUUACGUUUAGAAACGGUCCGUACUGUGGAAGAGCAAGUCAGGGCUGCAGCAGAACAUAAAUUAGGUGUUGCUAAUCAGAGCAUAACUGCUGGAUUUUUUGACAACAACACAAGUGCUGAAGAUCGGAGGGAGUAUCUUGAAUCGCUCCUACGUGAGUGUAAGAAGGAAGAAUCAGCUCCGGUGUUAGAUGAUGAUGCUCUAAAUAAUAUUCUUGCCCGGAGCGAAAAUGAGAUUGACAUAUUUGAAUCUAUUGAUAAGCAAAGAAGAGAAGAAGAAACGGCGGUAUGGCUAAAGGUUGUUCAGGAUGGUUCAGUUAGUGGGCUAGAUCCCUCAAUAAUGCCCUCCCGUCUUGUGUCCGAUGAUGAUCUGAAACCCUUUUGCCAUGUUAUGAAGAUUUAUGAAUCACCGAACAUAAAAAGUGUAAAGGUAAAUGUGAGGAGGAAGGGUGAACUUGGGGGCCUCGAUACAAAGCAUUAUGGAAGGGGAAAACGUGCUCGUGAGGUCCGAUCUUAUGAGGACCAAUGGACGGAAGAAGAAUUUGAGAAACUUUGUCAGGCUGAAUCUCCUGACUCACCUCAACCUGGUGGUGUAUUAAAGGAUUUAGAGGUCUCUAAAGUAAGUAUGUUGGAAGUACCUGCAGAAAGUUCAAAAGACCCAGUCCAAGCCAAAAUGGAGCCAGUCCCGGCUGUUGCAGAUUCAGUUGCAGACUCUUCACCAGCUAAGCGACGGAGAGGUAGACCUAGAAGGUCAGAUGUUUCAAUAUCUCCUGUUACGUCCCCUACAAAGGCUGGCAGACAAGAGACGGGAACUAUGCCUCAUGGCAGUUCUGCACCAGCAAGUAUCAUCCACUCUGCAGCACCAGCUACUACCAUCCAUUCUACUGGUCCAGAUGUUAUCAUCAAUUCUGCUUCACCAGUUGCUGCCUUCAAACCAGAGAUUGGCACUGAAAUGAAGGGUACUGCUUUUGCUGCUGCUCUACCAGCAGCUACCAUCAAACCAGAUAUUGGUACUGAACUUAAGGAUGUUUCUGUUGUUUUGGAACAGUCUUUAGCAAAGGAAGUUGGUGCACCAGUGCAGAGUGGUCACGAUCUAGUAGCUGCUAGCGCAGCACCUUAUCCACCAGCUCCUGCUACAUCUAGAGGCAGAAAAACCCAGGCAGGUGAAAUCCCUCGCAGAAGAGGCCGAAAACCGAAAUCUCUUAUGUCAUCUAAUGCAGGUGAUGUUAGUUUAAUCCCCGUGGUUUCAGUUGGUAGUGGAGAAACAUGUUCUAGUUCUGUGGUUUCUCCACACUCUCAAGUGGAUAUGCCCUUAUCAUGUGCAAGUGAUGUGUCAGGAUUGCAGAAGGAUUUGGUCACAGACAGACCUGUUCCAUCGUUGCCAGAGGGAGUUAAGGGUAUCUCCCCCCCUGCACGGGAAGUUACGACACCUGUGACAGAAGAUAGAUAUGCUGGAGCUUCAGUGAGCUCAGACAAUGCCAGCUCACUGCUGCCGAAGAUUGCCUGCAACGAAAUUGUUGGAUUUGUUCAAGCGAGCUCUGAGCAAGUUUCUUCAGCAUCUGUACCUACUAUACCUGUGGUUUCAGACGGGUUAUUGAAAACACCUCAUGUUCCGGUGGCUGAGAAGCAAGGUGCUUCACGUCGUCGCAGAAAGAAAGUAGCGGAUAGCGAUGAUACUGGAGUAAGCACUAGGCAAAGAUCAGCUAUGAAGAAAUCUUAUGGUACUCCUGUGACCAUGGACAAUGUUGUUACUGCCAUGAGCACAGGUGAGGAGCUAAGAAUAGUGAAAGGAGGAGAUGACAAUGCACUUCAAGAUACUUCCAAGGAAUUACCAAAUAUUAACUCUCCACCGCGUGACAAGUCUGGAUAUGACUCUCAGCCAAGCACACCUAUAGCAGUUCCGAUUAAUGAGGCUACACUUCCUAGUGGUUUCAAUGAUGUCCAUGUUACUUAUUCUGAAACAACUCCUAGGAUAUCCACUGAUCAUGAUGUCCAAGAUAAACCAGUAAAAUCACACCUGGGAGCACAAGCUCAAUUGCCAUGUAAGACAGGGAAGGACCAUGUUGCAGUAUAUUCUGACGUCACCACUACUCAUUCUGAAACGAUUACUGGCAAAUCAUUGCUAAAUCCUGUUAGUGAUGAUAAACCCGCAAAUGUCCAGUUUGAACCACCUGCUUCUUCACUUCAUAAUUCAGGUAAGGACAUUAAUACAUUGCCUUCUGAGGUCGUCAGUGUCACUCCAGUUGGUAGAAGGAGGAAAGGCUCAGCCCGCGAACCUCGCACCAAAAGUAAAUCUGCAACAGCUGCAUGUGAACGUCGUGCUCGCCUAGCUGGAUCGAAGCAGACAGAUGAUGUGAAAAAGGUAGAAGUAUCAGCAAGCCCGAGCACGACAGUUUGUGUUUCUUCAAUGGAACAACAAGAAGCUGGCACAUCAGAGCUUAUUACCGCUUCUGUUCGUGGAGAGCAGAAGAAUGCUGAUACUCGUGUAAGUGGGGAAGUGUCUAUUCCAGUGGGGAUAUCAGAGGCAAAGUUAGAAUCUCCAAAGAAAACUGCUUCCCAUUCAAGUACAACUUGUACUGAAGAAACAGAUAGCACUGUGAAAAGGCAGACUCCUGCAUUAGCUCUAUCCAGAGAAAGUAGUGACAAGCAAGGUCUUGAAGGUCAUCAUAUAGAUCAGCAAACACUGGUUUUGGCUGCAGAACCAGCCUCUGCAAAUGAUGAUUGCACUACGGUUGUCCUACCAGACAGCCAAACCCCUUUUGUUGCCUCAGAUAAGGAUAUUCUUGCCCCGACAAAAGCUGAUGAUGAUGGUCUGCAAAGUGAGGGAGCUGCCAUUGAUGUGACUUGUCCUAAACAAAAUAAUCGGGUAGUUGAAACCUUGCAAACUGAUGCCAGUUUCAGCAUUCAGACUACUUCAUUAGUAGAAUCAGCAGAAAACAAAUCACCUGGAGGUGAUUCUCAUGAGUUGAAAGAAGGGAUAGAGUUGGCUGGGUCCAUGAUGCAGUGCAAAAUACCAGUGUCAAGUCCUGAUGAGAAGAGUACUGGAAUUCAUAUUGCACAACUAGUGGAGAUGGUUUCAGCUGCUGGACAAGCAUCUACAAAAGAUGAUAAGGAACACAAGAUGGUUGAUAUUACUAAAUUUUUGUCUGGUGCAGAACGGGAAACACCGCGAGAUAACUCAGAUACUAGCACUGUUGUAGACUCACACACUUCUCCAAGAUAUGCAGGUUGUGAGGGUCAAAAGGACCAUUCCGCUGAGACUAAUUUGCCAGGCAAUCAGAAUAUUUGUAAAGCCUCAGAUAAGGAACGUGCCACAACUGAAGAUGAUAUGGAAGGCGCUAACCAAGACUCAGCCGAAACAAAAGCUGUACAGAUUGAUGACAUCUCUAAAGGUUCUUCUAGGGACUUGCCUGCUGCUUUACAAUCAACUGACUCAAACCAGCCAGCAGAACAAGAGGUAUUAGAGGGUAGUGCCCCUAUCUGUAAAGAAGAUUGUACUGAUCUGCAAAGUGAAGUUGAUGUUGUUGGUAUGAAAGGUGCUAGCCAAGACUCAGCCGAAACCGAAGGUAUGCAGAUUGAUGAUAUCUCGAAAGGCUCUUCUAGUGACUUGCCUUCUGCUUUACAAUCAACUGACUCAAACCAGCCAGCAGAACAAGAGGUAUUAGAGGCUAGUGCCUCUAUCUUAACAGAUGAUCAUACUGAUGUGCAAAGGGAAGUUAUUGUUGUUGGUAUGAAAGGUGCUAGCCAAGACACUGCCGAAACCGAAGCUAUGCAGAUUGAUGAUAUCUCUAAAGGCUCUUCUAGUGACUUCCCCCCUGCUUUACAAUCAACUGGCUCAAAUCAGCCAGCAAAACAAGAUGGAUUAGAGAAUAGUUCCUCUAUAUUUGCUUCUCCAAAAGAACAGGAGAAAGUGGAAGAAACUUUCAAUGAAACUGAUGGUGGCAAUCCAAACCGUAGUCAUACUGACGAUGCUUCUCAUAUUAUGAAUUUAGUUGGCUAUUCUCCUUCAGAAGACUCAGAUGAGGAUGAUUCUGUCCAGGUAGCUGAUGUUGGUGAUUUAGUGGGAAGCAAAGAAACUCCUCUUGAUGUCCUGUCCGCUACAAUUACUGAUGCGAAUAAGGAAUCAGUGCAGACUGAUGGUUCUGGGGAACGUCAGCACGUCUUCCCAGCUCACCGAGAGCAGCCAUCAUUUGCACUGGAGCCCCAAACCACUACCAUAGCCAGUGUUGUUGAAGUUAGUGCUGCUGGCAUGGCCAUCAUUGUUCGUCCUGUUGACACUGAACAGCAGCCAAUUAAAGAAAUCACUUCUGCUCCUUCAGAGGAUGCUGAUUUGGAUCAAGGAAGCUGUGCCUUGCAACAUGCAAAUCCUCCUCCUGCAACCACCCCGCUCGUGACAGUUGAAUGUGAUAAAGAUACUGAUGAUGGUGCUGGCAGGUUAGAAGCUUCUGGUAGUGUUGAUAGUGAAGCAGUGGGUGUUCAAGAAACAGCCAUUACUGAUCAGGAAGGAACAAGAGAAGAAAGCAAUCUGAAAUAUAGAAGUGGCAGUCAGCAACUUGAUGACGAUCUUGAUGACGCUCUUGGUUCAUCAUGUCAUACAUUGAGUACUGUGUGUGAUAAGAUACCAAGUGAUGAGAAGGUUACUGCUACCAGUCAUUCUGAAGCUCCCAAGUCAGUUGAGCUUGUUGUAGAACCAAUGCCAACUCGAGAAAUUGCUGCUCCUAUCCAACAGGAAAGAUAUCAUGAACCGGUUCCUAUGCAUGAACCUUGCACAAAACCUAGUGGUGAUUCUGGUAUUGCUAGAGGAGCAGAACCAAUUGAAGAAAGGGUCCAUCCUGCUGAACAGCAACCUGCUACAUCUGAACUUGUUGAGACACGACCAAAGCCAACUGAGGUUGGUGGUACCAUCCAAGAUGAAUCUGUUAAUGCAGCAGGUUUGGCUAAUGACUACUGCAGGUCAGAACAGCUUGCAAGACCUGAGCCAAUUCAUGAAACUCAUGUUUUGCAAGGCAAACUGGAGGCAGCAAGUUCAGGAGAUGGACACUGCACGGUAGAGCAUGGCGGUGCUUCCUCGCAAACUGUAAUUGUUGUCGAGCCUAUGUUUGGAGCUUCUGUUCAUGUGCAAGAGGAUCGUGCAGAAGCUAAUAGUCCUGUGGAGGUUGGUGACACGAUGGACCUUGACAGCAAAGAUGCUACAUUUAAGGUUACCGCCACUGAAGUGCAAGAAGUUUCAGUAAUUCCUGACCCUGUGGAGCAUGAUGGCACAGAAACCCUUGCGGCUCCUCAGGAGGAAAUUACUGUCGCUACAGAACCAGAAGAACCUGCUCAAAAGGAAAAUGCUGAAUCUGUUGUCAUAGCGCCAGAGUCUAUGCAGCAUGCUGGUACAGAAGUUGACCUAAGUAAAGAAACAUCUAUACCUCCCCAAGAGGAAACUACUGUAGUCUUGGUUACUGAAGUAGAUGCACCUACACAAGACGAAAAUAGUGGCACAGCUCCAUCCAACUUUGUCACCAUGGAAAUGACGGAAGCCACUGCUGUUGUUGCGUCUGUUCUUGUUCCUGCCGAACCAUAUCCUGUCCAAGCAUGUACUGUGGAGCAAACGGGUUUGGAGGGUGCAAGUAGUCCAGAACUUGGAAUGGGUACUUUAUCUGCUUCCAUAGUUCAUCAUCAAAGUCCUGUUGCUAUUUCAGCAAUUCCUGACCCUGUGGAGCAUGAUGGCACAGAAACACUUGCGGCUCCUCAGGAGGAAAUUACUGUCGCUACAGAACCAGAACCUGCUCAAAAGGAAAAUGCUGAAUCUGUUGUCAUAGCGCCAGAGUCUAUGCAGCAUGCUGGCACAGAAGUUGAUCUAAGUAAAGAAACAUCUAUACCUCCCCAAGAGGAAACUACUGUAGUCUUGGUUACUGAAGUAGAUGCACCUACUCAAGACGAAAAUAGUGGCACAGCUCCAUCCAACUUUGUCACCAUGGAAAUGACGGAAGCCACUGCUGUUGUUGCGUCUGUUCUUGUUCCUGCCGAACCAUAUCCUGUCCAAGCAUGUACUGUGGAGCAAACGGGUUUGGAGGGUGCAAGUAGUCCAGAACUUGGAAUGGGUACUUUAUGUGCUUCCAUAGUUCAUCAUCAAAGUCCUGUUGCUAUUUCAGUAAUUCCUGAUCCUCUGGAGCAUGAUGGCACAGAAACACUUGCGGCUCCCCAGGAGGAAACUACUGUCGCUACAGAACCAGAAGCAGAGAAAGUGGUAGAUGCGCCUGCUCAAAAGGAAAAUGCUGAAUCUGUUGUCAUAGCGCCAGAGUCUAUGCAGCAUGCUGGUACAGAAGUCGAUCCAAGUAAAGAAACAUCUCUACCUCCCCAAGAGGAAACUACUGUAGCCUUGGUUACUGAAGUAGAAGCACCUACUCAAGACGAAAAUAUUAUUGAACCAGUUGCCAUAGAGCCAGAUUCUGUGGAGCAUGCCAGUGAAGUUGAUCAAAGCAUUGAAACAUCUGUGCCUCAGAAGGAAAUUUUGCUAGUGUGUGAUACAGAACCAGCAGACAAAAGGAUAGAGGCAUCUGCUCCAGAGGAUAAUGUUCAAGCAGUUGCCGAAGAGCCAGUACCUGCAGGAACAGAUGACUCCAUACCUACUACAGCGGAAAUGCAGCCAGCUGAGGAAAAUACAGAAUCUACUGAUUCUACUCAACCUAGUUCUAUGGAGAUGGAAAUUGUAGAAGCAUCAUGCUCUGUUGAUCAAGAAUUGGUAAAUUCUGAGUCUGAUCAGCCUAAUCAGGUGGAGAUGGAGCCAUUUAAGGAGAUUUCGGUGCCUACUUUUGUGGAAUCUCCCAAGAAACAACCUUCACCCGAUGAAGUUGUGCUAGUCACAGCUGGUGAGCUCCGCAACCAGGAGGUAGUGGAAGCUCCACGAUCUGAGCCUGUAUCUAAUGAUGAAUGUGUGGAGCCAAAGGAAGCUGAGGCUGCAGCUUCUGAGCUUCCUGUUAUGGGGGUAGUAGAGGUGCUAAACACUGAGCUUUCACCUGAUUGUGAAAAUGCAAAGCUGAAAGAACCUGAAACUGAACAACAAUUGUCUGGUGACAAUGCGGUAGUCACAACUAGUGAGCUUCCUAGCAAGGAUGGAAUGGAAGCUGGUGAAACUGUACAACCAGAAGAAGCUGAUGCCACAGCUGAUGUGCCUCCGGUUGUGGAGGAAGCAGAGGUGCUAAAUGAGCCUUCACCUGCUUCAAAUCAGCCAUUGCCAUCUCCCAGAGGAGAAGAUGACUAGAUGAGGCUAAUGGGGUUGAUGAAUGUGAGAAGUAGAUUAUGCAAAUGUUGUAUCUAGAAUAUAGUAAGAUCCUGUUGUAUUCCAGAACCGCUAUGUAUGCUUAAGUUAAUUUGUGACUUGGGAACUUUUGUACCUUACAAAUGAUUUAGGGUCUGUUUGGCACUGCAUCAGCUUUUGUGCAUGAGGUAAUAAAAUAAUGUCAUCUGCAUCAGGCCCAUAACAAAGCAA